UAUAUAUAUAUGAUAAGAAGGGAAAUGGGGAAUUCAGAAAAAAAUUAAAAGGAGGGAGUCUGAUUUUAUACAAAGAGUUGCGAAAUUAAAGAAAAGUCAUGAAGCUCAAGAAGGCAGCAGCAGAAACCAAGUCUCAAGUGUAUCUGGAGAACAAGAGAAAGAAGAAAUGGGUUGACAAAUCUGGCCAUAAUUGCUUCAUGUUGUUUGCAAGAUCACUGUACAUCACGUGGGGUGGUCAUGAGAACUGGAUAUGGAACUGUUUCAAGGAAACAGGGGAGGAAAACGUUGAAGUAGCAAAACUAUCCCAUGUGUGCUGGCUGGAUGUAAGAGGAAAAUUUAGUGUAUCAGAUCUCUCGCCGGGAAUUGUAUAUGAAAUUGUUUAUCAAGUGAAGUUGACAAAUGGAGCGGAUGGUUGGGAGCUCCCCAUCAGCCUGAAGUUGUCGCUUCCUAAUGGAGUUGUCCGCCAACGACAAGUCGUUCUUCUUGAAAAGCCAAGAGGGGAGUGGACAGAACUCAGCGUAGGCAACUUCUUAGCAGAGGAGGGAGAGACAGGAGAAGUCUGCUUUGAUAUUUAUGAGCAUGGAGGACACUGGAAGAGAGGGCUUAUCAUUAGAGGUGCCAUUCUUAGGCCAAAACAUCCACUCCAACGCCAAAUUUAAAUCCUAGUUAAUUCUUGAAAUUCACAUUUCUUUUUGCUUUUUUUCUAUAACUUAUUUAUUUAUUGUAUUAAUAUUUUCGUUUCAUAUGUUAUGUUUUGUUUAUCCGUAAGGUAUUUUUUUACCGAUGGAUUGUUAUAGCACCUUUUCGGAUUUUAUUUA